AUGGGCAAGCGGGAGGUGCGCGCGGGCAUCGGCCCCGCGGAGCGGGAGGCGCGGAUGCGCGCGGCGAGGGAAAUGGCGAAGCAGCUCCCCAUCUCCGCAGUGCAGCAGCGGCUGGUGGAGUCGGUGCGGGCACACGAGUUUUUAGACGUUUCAAAAGCCCUGCAAUGCUCUCUUAUCCCUUGUGGUACAUGGCCCCUGUUCCUGUGGUACAUGGCCCCUGUUCCUGUGGUACAUGGCCCCUGUUCCUGUGGUACAUGGCCCCUGUUCCUGUGGUGCAUGGCCCCUGUUCCUGUGGUGCAUGGCCCCUGUUCCUGUGGUGCAUGGCCCCUGUUCCUGUGGUGCAUGGCCCCUGUUCCUGUGGUGCAUGGCCCCUGUUCCUGUGGUGCAUGGCCCCUGUUCCUGUGGUACAUGGCCCCUGUUCCUGUGGUGCAUGGCCCCUGUUCCUGUGGUGCAUGGCCCCUGUUCCUGUGGUGCAUGGCCCCUGUUCCUGUGGUACAUGGCCUCUGUUCCUGUGGUGCAUGGCCCCUGUUCCUGUGGUACAUGGCCCCUGUUCCUGUGGUGCAUGGCCCCUGUUCCUGUGGUGCAUGGCCCCUGUUCCUGUGGUGCAUGGCCCCUGUUCCUGUGGUGCAUGGCCCCUGUUCCUGUGGUGCAUGGCCCCUGUUCCUGUGGUACAUGGCCCCUGUUCCUGUGGUGCAUGGCCCCUGUUCCUGUGGUACAUGGCCCCUGUUCCUGUGGUGCAUGGCCCCUGUUCCUGUGGUGCAUGGCCCCUGUUCCUGUGGUGCAUGGCCCCUGUUCCUGUGGUGCAUGGCCCCUGUUCCUGUGGUGCAUGGCCCCUGUUCCUGUGGUGCAUGGCCCCUGUUCCUGUGGUACAUGGCCCCUGUUCCUGUGGUGCAUGGCCCCUUUUCCUGUGGUGCAUGGCCCCUGUUCCUGUGGUACAUGGCCCCUGUUCCUGUGGUGCAUGGCCCCUGUUCCUGUGGUACAUGGCCCCUGUUCCUGUGGUGCAUGGCCCCUGUUCCUGUGGUGGAUGGCCCCUGUUCCUGUGGUGCAUGGUCCUUGUGGCGCUGUGGUGCAGUGCAGCAGCAGCUGGUGGAGGAGGUGCGGGCGGCACACACGCUCGUGGUGGUGGGCGAGACUGGCAGCGGCAAAACCACUCCCUUCCCUUCGCCCUCCCCUGCCUCCUCUCCUUCCCCUGCCUCCUCUCCUUCCCCUGCCUCCUCUCCUUCCCCUGCCUCCUCUCCUUCCCCUGCCUCCUCUCCUUCCCCUGCCUCCUCUCCUUCCCCUGCCUCCUCUCCUUCCCUUGCCUCCUCUCCUUCCCCUGCCUCCUCCUCCCCCCCUGCCUCCUCCCCCUCCCCUGCCUCCUCCCCCUCCCCUGCCUCCUCCCCCCCUGCCUCCUCCCACUCACUCCCCCCAGAGCUCCCACAGUUCAUUCUCCCCUCCGGCCUGCUCGCCCCACACCAGGCCAUCGCCGCGACGCAGCCAAGGCAAGUCUUCAUUCUCUCCUCUGGCCUGCUCGCCCCACACCAGGCCAUCGCCGUGACACAGCCGCGCAGAGUGGCAGCAGUGACGGUGGCGGCGCGGGUGGCGGAGGAGAGGGGGGUGGGCGUGGGGCAGGAGGUGGGGUACAGCGUGCGCUUUGAGGACGUCACCUCCUCUCACACGCGCAUCAAGUACCUCACGGAUGGCAUGCUUCUCAGGGAAGCUUUGCUGGAUCCUCUUCUGAGGAGGUACGGCGUGGUGGUGGUGGACGAGGCCCACGAGCGCACAGUGAACACGGACGUGCUGCUGGGACUGCUGCAGCAGGUGCAGGCCCGCAGACACGCGCUCGCCACAGGGGGGACGGGUGCAGGGACGGGCGGGCAGGGGCAGAAGGGGAAGGUGGUGGGCGGUGGGAGGGAGGCGGAGGAUGCGGGCAUGGAGGGGCGGAAGGGGAAGAAGCGACAGAGAGUAGAGGAGUGCAGAGGAGAGGAGGGCAGGGAGGGAGAAGCAGACAAACAGGCGGACGGGCAAAUUGCAGAGGCGGCUGUAGACACAGGUGCUGGCACAUGCAUGGGUGCAAGGUCAAGUGAGGGCGAUUUGAAGCUGAUAGUCAUGUCGGCCACCCUGGAGUCGCGCAAGUUCCUCGACUUCUUCCCCGGCGCGCAUGCAGUGUACAUCCGCGGCAGGCAGCACCCCGUGCAGGUGCUCUACACGCCCACCCCCGAACCUGACUUCCUCGACGCAGCGCUGGUAACCGUGUUACAGAUACACACGGAUCAUCCUAUAGAGGGUACAGCGCCGGGGCUGGCGGGGGAUAUUCUCGUGUUUCUCACGGGGCAGGAGGAUAUUGAGGCCAUGGCGAGGUUGCUGCAGGAACGUGCGGCGAAGCUUCCUCCCGGGACGCCGCCGCUGGCUGUGGCGCCCAUCUAUGCGGCGCUGCCUGCGGAGCAGCAGAUGAACGUGUUCCGCCCCGCCCCCGUCGGGUGCAGAAAGCCUGAUUUGUGUGACCACAUUAGGUGUGACCACAUUAGGCGUGACCACAUUAGGGCGGCCAUACUGCGAGCUUUGGAGCAUCUGUUCUCGCUGGGAGCGCUCACACCAGAGGGGAGCCUGUCGCCACAGGGGAAACACAUGGCACGCUUCCCCCUCGACCCUGUCUACGCCAAGGCCAUCCUGGAGGCGUAUCGACUGGGGUCAGCAGGUGUGGCGGACGACAUGGUGGCAGCAGUGGCCAUGCUCUCCGUGGACUCGCCCUUCCACACGCCCUCUCACGCUGCUGCUGAGGCUCAUGCUGCCCGGAAGAGAUUUUUCUGCCCGGACGGCGACCAUCUCACGCUGGUGAACGUGCUGCGGGGCUAUCUGGCAGCGGGCAGCCAAAACACCGAGGCUGCUGACAUGGCACGCGAUGGGAGCAACAACGGUGGGAGUGGUGGCGGUGUGGUUCAGGGGUUUGGCCGGCAGGCAAAGGCGAAGGAGGGGAGGGUGCGAGCUUGGUGCAAGGCACACUACCUCAAUGGACGUUCGCUCAAAAAGGCAGCAGAUGUGUACCGGCAACUGCAGGCGUACUGUCACGGCCUCUCCCUGCCUGUCGCCUCCCACUCGCAUCUACCCCCGUCGUCAUCAUCACCCUCCGCCACAGGCUCAGCAGCAGCAGCAGCGCAACGGCGGGACGAGUCAGUUGCGUUCCGCCGGGCGCUGACAGCAGCCUUCUUUGCCAACGCUGCCAAGAAGCAAGCCGACGGCACGUACAGGUACUGUGGGUGGGCUGACAGAGACUCUGUGAGGAAGGGAGGGGAGGGCAAGGCGUGGUGCAUGCAGAUGUGCAGAGGCAUGUGCGUGAUGCUGGCCUCACACGUGCACGGAUGGGCGAUCAUGCACAAACUGCCCUGA